CUUCGUGUCUGAGACUCGAUUGCUCAAGUCUCAGUUCUGCCGAGCUUUUUUUCGAUACCGGCAUCUGGUUUUCUUUCUUUCUUUCCUUCUCACUCUUUCUUGCCUCGCUUUUAUUUCCCUUCUUGAGAUCCCAAAAAAGAACUCACGGCACAAUGACCGGAGAUCAUGGACACCAGCAGGUGGAUUCUGGCUCUCGACUAAAUGAUUCCCACAAACAUAAAGACAAGCAUAAAGACAAAGAGCACAGGCACAAAGACCAUAAGAAAGACAAAGAGCGUGAAAAGUCCAAGUACACGAACAGUGAGCACAGAGACUCAUCUGAGAAAAAGCACAAGGACCGCGAGAAAGAGCGAGUGAAACACCGGGAGGACUGCAACGAGAGACACAAAGAAAAGAAGAGAGAAGAGAAGAUUAAAUCCCACAGCUCUAACGGGAAGCAUAAGAGGGAGAAGGAGAACGGCUAUGUCAGUCACUUCAAAGUGGAGGAGGACAACGGCUACUGCUCGUCUCCGAAGCACGACAAGACGGUGAAGAGGGAGAGGGAUGACGACGAAUCCGAGUACAAACCCAAAAAGAUCAAAGUGGAAAAGGAGAAUAAGGUGAAAAAACGGAAGCAGGAGGAAGACUACGACGACUACGAAGAGGACGUAAAGCCGAAAAAGAAAUCGAAAAAGAAAGAGGAUUCGGCUGGAGGGAAGAAGAAGGUCAAGAAGGAGCCGGAAGAGAAAUGGAAAUGGUGGGAAGAAGAGAGAUACACGGACGGCUCCAAAUGGAGGUUCCUCGAGCACAAAGGUCCUGUGUUCGCGCCGCCGUACGAACGACUUCCGGAGAAUGUUAGGUUUUAUUAUGAUGGAAAGCCCAUGAGGCUGAGCGAGUCGGCGGAGGAAGUGGCAACGUUCUUUGCCAAAAUGCUUGACCACGAGUACACAACCAAGGAGAUAUUUAGGAAAAACUUCUUCAAAGACUGGAGGAAGGAAAUGACCUCGGAGGAGAAGUCGAAAAUCUCUGAUCUGAACAAGUGCAACUUCAUGGAGAUGAACGAAUACUUCAAAGCUCAAUCAGAGGCUCGGAAACAGAUGUCAAAGGAGGAGAAACAGAAAAUCAAAGAGGAGAACGAGCGGCUGGUGGACGAGUACGGCUACUGCUUGAUGGACAACCACAAAGAGCGCAUCGGAAACUUCCGGAUCGAGCCUCCAGGGCUUUUCCGAGGUCGAGGAGAUCACCCGAAGAUGGGCAUGCUGAAACGGCGCAUUCGCCCCGAGGACAUCAUCAUCAACUGCAGCAAGGACUCGAAGUAUCCCAAACCCCCUCCGGGUUCCAAGUGGAAGGAGGUCCGUCACGAUAACAAAGUGACAUGGCUGGCAUCGUGGACGGAGAACAUCCAGGGCUCUAUUAAGUACAUUAUGCUGAACCCCAGCUCACGGAUAAAGGGAGAGAAGGACUGGCAGAAGUACGAGACGGCACGCAGGCUGAAGAAGUGUGUGGAGAAGAUCCGAGCGCAGUACCGUGAAGACUGGAAGAGCAAAGAGAUGCGAAUCCGACAGAGAGCCGUCGCACUCUACUUCAUAGAUAAGCUGGCCCUGAGGGCGGGUAAUGAGAAGGAGGAGGGGGAGAGUGCAGACACGGUGGGCUGCUGCUCUCUGCGGGUGGAGCACGUUAACCUGCACCCUGAGAUGGACGGCCAGGAGUACGUGGUGGAGCUCGACUUCCUGGGAAAAGACUCCAUCCGCUACUACAACAAGAUCCCUGUGGAGAAGAGGGUGUUUAAAAACCUCCAGCUGUUCCUGGAGAACAAGCAGCCAGAAGACGACGUCUUCGACAGACUCAAUACGUCCAUUUUGAACAAACAUCUCCAGGAGCUGAUGGACGGAUUAACGGCUAAAGUGUUUCGUACCUACAACGCCUCCAUCACCUUACAGCAGCAACUCAGCCAGCUCACUUGCCCUGAUGAUAACAUCCCGGCGAAGAUCCUCUCCUAUAAUCGAGCUAACCGUGCUGUUGCAAUCCUGUGUAACCACCAGAGGGCGCCACCUAAAACCUUUGAGAAGUCCAUGCAGAACCUGCAGGCUAAAAUCGAUGCGAAAAAGGAACAGCUUUCUGUAGCUAAGAGAGAGCUGAAGUCUGCCAAAGCAGAUGCCAAGGCCAGGCACGACGAGAAAAACAGAAAGGCGGUAGAGACGAAGAAGAAGGCGGUCCAGAGGCUGUCCGAGCAGCUGAUGAAGCUGGAGGUGCAGGCCACCGACCGUGAGGAGAACAAACAGAUCGCCCUGGGAACUUCCAAGCUCAACUACCUGGACCCGCGCAUCUCCGUCGCCUGGUGUAAAAAAUGGGGAGUCCCCAUCGAAAAGAUCUACAACAAAACGCAGCGGGAGAAGUUCGCCUGGGCCAUCGACAUGGCUGACCAAGACUACGAAUUUUAAACAAAGAGUGGCGUUUUACGCUUUUUUUCUUUCUUUUUUUCCCCAGGGGUUAGCAUUUAUCCAUCGAAUCCACCCCGUCUGAACGUGUUCAAGCAAAGUGAGGAAACACAACUGGAUGUUUUUAAAACAAAGCUAAAAGGUUCCCUGUAAACAAUCCGGCUGAUGAAACGUUUAAACCGAGUCCUGAAGGUGGAACCCUGAGGAGAUCCACCACCACUUCGCUCCGAUACACACACGUUAGGCUUUACACUUACUUUUGGGGGUUUUUAAGCGUCUUAGUCGGGUUUUAGCCGUCGGAUUUAUCGAUGAAUUCUAUAUUUUAAUAUAAGAAAUAAAUCAGAGUUGUUUUAAGAGGCACGUCGAGGACUGAACUACAGAAAGCCAUCUGUGAAAGACUCGAGAUUCUGCGUGCGUGUGUGUGUGUUGAACUCCAGCAAGAUGUAGAAAUCCAUCAUGGACCCGAGGACAUCACCCAGGGAUGCACCAAUCCAGUGUUUGUUCCCAUCGCGCUCGGAGAAUCAUUUUGUAGCCAGUACUGAGCCGAUCGUUUCCUUUUUUAAAACGGUGUAAUCGCAAAAUUCUGGAGUGUUUUGGGUUUUUUUUGUUUUGUUUUGUUUCCCCCUUCUUUAUUGAGAGUCGCUGAGCCAGAAUAAUAAUUUGAGUAGGAAUCUCUGAACACCCUAUUUUAUUAAAAAUAAAAAAAAAAGUCAUGGCUUUUUAAAAAAGUAUAUGUAUAGUUUUAAUUUUUAAACAUUUCUAUAUUGUAUUAAUGCUGUUAAAUAUGAGUGCGUGGAAAAAUCGUUUUUAAAACGAAUUUUAAAGCAGUGGGUUAAAAAUGACAGCGUUUUAAAUAUGAUGGGGAAAAAAAACCAUACUGUAUUGUAAUUAAAGAAUAUAUUUACAGUAAUAUACUUUAAAUUAAAUACAACUCUACUUUCCUUUAUAGGACGAAUAAUUGAUGAACCCCAGGGAACCUCAGUGUUUUUCUUUUCUUGAUAUUUUAAUGAAAAAUGUAGCGAAGCUUUUGCUCAAUGAGUCGCAGAUGAUUUUUUUUUUUUUUUUUUUUUUUUUAAUUAAGAACAUGAUUUAAAAAAAAAAAAAGUUAAGCCGUCAAUGCAGGAGAGUUUCUGAAAGCUUUGGGCAGAUUUAGUGUUUUUAGCAAACCUUGACAGUUUUAUUUUUUUUCUUCUCAUUUGUCCGUCAUCAGAAUCGUUCACGUUCUGGAUCGGAUCAGGAAAAAAAAAAAUCUCAGUCCAUGAUAUCGGAUUGGUGCAUCCCUACACCUUUUUUUUUUUUUUUGGGAUUUUUUUUUUUUUUUUAAAUAUAUAUAUAUAUAUUUUAAUUUUUCUUCUGUUUCUAUCAGGGAUGUACAUUUCAUUUUUGCGAAUAUGUGAAAGGGGCGAUCUCCGUGUUAACGCUGACGUCGUAGUGAAUUUGACUUCUGGUUUCUUUUUGUUCCUGUGCAGAAUGAUUUUUAUAUAAUUUUAUUUUUUUUUUCCUCAGCAGUAGAGUUACAACAUUCUUACUUGAAACAUGGCUGGGUGAGACGUGUGUAUGUGUGUAGAUAUGAACUGUACGUGCGUGCGCGCACACACAUGCACGUGUGCGAGAUCAUAAACACGAACUGGUUUCUCUAUAUAUGUGAGAUGCAAUUUUUGCCAAAUGAAUAGAGACUAGAGAGAGAGGAUGUGUAUGAAAUACAGUGUACAUGUGGAAGAUCGGGGUCUUCUUUGUAAAGAAUUAGGAACAAAGUGUCCGAAGUUAACUUUUUAAUGUGAGGCUCUGCACUUAUUUAUAGCUGUUAGAAAGUGUGCUAAAGCUAACUUCAACAUUUUUACCACAUUUAGCCUUAAGCAAUCAUGUUUUAUUAUUUUUAAUAUCUAUCUGUUUUACAAAUAAUAAAUCAUGCCACUUUUUCUUAUUCUCUCCUUUUAUUUCACAUCCUUGCAUUCAUCCUGAUGUCCUGCUUUUGUGUAUUUUCUGUUUUCAGAAUUUAAAUAAACUUUGUAUUGCAAUAA